UGUUCCAUACACCUCGUGUCCGCUUACAAGUUACCACAUAUGUAACUUUGUAAUGGACCACUGUGUUAAAGCAUUGCCGUUGGGUGUCUUGCGCAAAGACACCGCAUCGAGCCUCGAACCCAUAUCCUCUGGUUUAGAAGUGUUUGCCAAUUUUGAAGAUAUGGUCGUUGUACCAAAGGUAGGAGACAAGUGCUUUAUAAUGGCUAAGUGAAAUACCAGCUCUUGUGCGACAGUCUUCGUUGUUUGUCAGUAGCCAUACAACAACAAGCGUUCAAGUGAAUUAACCCCGACGUGUUAUGUAAACAAAGACAGUCACACUCACAAAAGUAGCAACUGAGAUAAUAUUUUCCUAACUUCCGUUUCUCCGCACCAGUGAUCUUGUGUUAAAAUUAUCCAGUGACUUAUCAUAGAUGGAUUAAAAUAUCAAGUCCCAACAUAAACAUUGUGGUUUUAUUUGGUUCAAUCCUGAUGUACUUAUCGCCAUGCUUGGUUGGGUCCUCGGCUUUUAUAAGGGACAUUCCUACAACAGAGGACGUAAUAACGUGGAAAACUUGUUGUUUUGCUGGUAUUUGUUGCUUCGAUGUUGGCUUUACAUUAAUGUUUGGCUCGCUUGCUGCAAAGACUUGGAGGAUUGAUAAAAUAUUUCAACAAAACUCAAGAAAGCAAGUGGUAACAGAUGAAAAGCUACUAUGUGCUGUCUUCUUGUUGGUUUGCCUUGAAAUUGUGAUUCUUAUUAUGUGGCAUAUACACGAUCAGAGUGUUUGUUACUUCGUGCAAGUAGAAUAUGUUUCAGGUGUAUAUCGAUUGACAAAACUUUUGGAAAACCAUUUAUCUUUACUUAAUGAAGAUUUUGUUGUAUCUUGCGCAACAGCUUACACGAUUAUUUGGGUAUUCUGUAUCUGUGCGAUAAAGGUUUCGAUAUUGGGUGUUACAAUAUGGAUGGCUUGGUGUACGAAACAAUUAUCCAAAGCUUCCUUCAACGAUUCGAACACACAUGUCGUUUCAUCUAUAUUGGCUCUGUUUGUGUUUUGCUUUUCAUUACCAAUAGUAUAUCUCACUCCGCCCAACAUACAGUUCAUCGUAUUCUUCACAGUGGUGAAUGCAACGACGGUUUUCAUUGUGUCAAUUCAAUUUAUUCCUAAGGUACUCCUAACUAAAUCAAAGAAAAAGAAUCCCCCGAAACAAAUCUCUAUACCUGUACAAGAAAAACAUUCUUCCUCGAAUCGGGGUGAAAAAGAAAGUCAACUGAAUAAAAUCGAAUCUUUAAGAGAUCAACUUUGUGAGAAAGACUAUCUGAUCAAUCAUUUGGAAAGAAAACUCAUGCGCUUGUCAAACGAAAUCAACCGCAUCUAUGGACAAGAAAAAAGGAAAACAAACGCUCUAACAGAAAAAAGGAAGAAGGAAGAUAAAGGGGAGGAGUACCGUGGAUCUACAGUGUCGCUACCAAAUGGUAACACAGAAGAAAAAUAUCGGAGUUUUUGCAGCCAAGGGUCAGGUUUAUUUACUCUCUCUGCAUUGGAAGGUCGUAAAUCGAAACGCCAGGGGAGCAAUAUGUCUCCGUGUUGGCAAUCCGAUCCACAUUUACAAAUUAAGGAUCCCGAGUUUGGAUUCAGACCAAUCAGCCGAUCGAUCGAAAGUGAUUUGUUAAGGACAUCUUCCAAGUCUAAUAGCUCGGGUGCGAGCCUUCAAUUCGUUGGUGAUGCAAGGCGGAAAAAAGGCUCAAUGCUGGUGACGUAUUGUGGCUGCGGUUGCUACUACUGUUCGACAGACGGGGUUAAUUCAAACGGCUUAAGCUCCGACACAGAUAGUUUAGAUUCGCUGUUCGUUUCAGCGUUAGAAGCGAACGGUCCUAGCUCUACAAAGUGCGCGGGAAUCCUGCAGUACUUUCGAGUCAUUAGAUCGGAGUAUGAGAAUAUACGGAACGAAGGAAAUUGUAGAAGAUUAAAAUACUUGGAUCGAUUUAGCGAUUAUGAAACUGAUAGCUCAAGUAGCUAUGAUAGUAUUUUGUAGCCACAUAAAACAGGUUUUUUUCAUAUUCUGAUUGAAAACUAUAUUUUUGACGCUGUAUGCUUCAUCGAAAUAUGCAGGACGCUUAUUAAUAUUGAAUCCGAUUACUGUGUAUUGGUUUGCGUUUGUAUUUACACUCAUUGUGGUGAAUAAGAAUCCAUAAAAAGGCUCUCAUCUUCUAAUUAGGUUAAGCGUAUUUGUAUAAUCCGAUUUCCUAUACGUUUUGAAUGGCUGUUGUAUAUAAAGGUGUUGCUAAACUGCAGUUAUG